AUGUCAGCUCCACAUCCCACGACCCUGGUUGAGCUAGCCCAGCGCAUGCUCGACUAUGCAAAACAGAUCGAAGCUGCAAUUCCAUCACCGACCUUCACCAAGGACACUAUGCUGGAUCUGCCUUUGGAUCUCAGGGCAAUUCGCACCGCGGCGAUAUCUGCCAGCGACGAAUUCAACGAUCUGGUCCGUGGAUCUCGUGGGAACGAUUCGAGAAUGGACAAGUACUCCGGAAAUACUGCACUCGCUGGCAGGCUGGCUUGGCACUUUGUCAACCACUUUCGGAUGCCACAAGCCGUGCCAUUGGAAGCCGGAAGCCAGAUAUCGUACGCAGAGUUGGCUGAGAAGACUGGACUUCACGUCGACGACCUGACGCAGAUCCUGCGAUAUGCAACGACCAUACAUCUCUUCGACGAGCCCAGCGCUGGGCACGUGAGCCACAGCGCUGAUUCUCGCAACCUUGCGACGACGCCGUCCAUGUGCGAUUACAUCAGUCUUAUGACCGGAUUUCACGCGGUAGCCAACGUUCGGUACGUCGAUGCGUGUCAAAAAUGGCCAGGAUCCCAAGAGCUCAAUGAGACGGCGUUCAAUCUGGCCAUGGGGACAGACAAGCCAAUGUUCCAGUGGAUUGAGGGCCAUCCAACAUGGCCACAGACUUUUGGAGGAGCAAUGGUCGAGCGGAGCUGCGGCGUGAGCGAUACCGCGGGCACUGCUGCUGUAAGCUAUCCUUGGGAUCAGCUGGGCGAUAAUUGCAAAGUGGUCGAUGUGGGAGGAGGCAAUGGGCAUAUCUGCAUGGCGAUCGCAAGAAAGCAGCCUGGCAUCAGAUUCGUCGUGCAAGACCUGCCGGAGGUCUGUCACCAGGCGAGCCAGGCGCUACCAAAGGACCUCCAAGACCGCAUCACGUUCAUGCCCCACAGCUACCUGGAUCCUCAGCCGGUCAAAGAUGCAGACGCAUACUUCUUCAGCAUGAUAUUCCACGAUCAGUCGGACAAGUACGUUAAAAUUACCCUGCAGCAGCUCACAGCAGCGCUCAAACCCGGCGCGAGGGUGCUGUGGUGUGAUCGCUACGUGCCGGAGCAGAUUGGAUGCAGCGAUCUCUCUCGAGUAGAACUGCAGGCCACCUUGGGUACCUCUCUGGCUAUGAAGACGCUGUUGAAUGGGCGCGAGAGAACGUUGUCGGAGAAGAAGGCCUUGUUCCACGCUGCAGACGCUCGGUUCAAGUUUCUCGCUGAGCACAAGGCCACGAGCGGGAAUUCGUUCACUGUAGCGGAAGCCAUCUGGCAGCCGGACGCAGAGCAGUAG